AUCGCGUCCUCUAAACUCAAAGGCAAUCGGAAAUAAUCGACGAAAUUUAGGACCGCCCAUUUUCAUUUCGCGUCACUUGUCGGAAUAUAUACACUUGAGAAAUUUGAAAGAACUUUGUAUAUAUAAAGGACUGAAAAAAUUCCACAAUCAAAAUAUAUAGAAACAAGCUAUCAGUUGGGUAAUCAAAAUUUGCAACGACAGACAUCAGAUUGGACAGAAAUUUGAACGUUUAUAAAACUUAUAUUGACAGAGUAUAUUAUCCAUCCACUUUCAAACCUGAUCUGCGAACUCAGAUCUCAGCAACGUUUGAUUCGAUAAUAUUAAAGUUUGAAGUAUGUUGGAAGGAUUGGUUGCUGAUACGUUUUGGAUAAAAGAAAAAUCCGGGUAUUUGGUGAAGAAGAGAAAAGAAAGGAUUGUCAGAAUCAAAUGCAAUGGAAAUAAAGGCAAAGCAAUGCUAGAAGUGAUGUCACCAACAGAUAUGUCAACUAUUAAAUUCCAUCAAGAACUGGAUUGCAACAAAUGUCUCUUGAUGUCGGACAGGUCUUUUAGAAGUGGGAGACUGGCACUAGUGCCAUCAAUUGCAUUUGAUAAACACAUGAGCAGAGGACUGGUACUAGAACAUCAUGACCAGCAUGCACUGCAAGAGUGGGAAGGAAGACUGAGGAGGCAUUUAAGAGGUAUGUAAGAGCUUGGGACAAAGACACAAAGUUUUAUUUUGCAAAGAUGACAGGCCAUUGCUGCUUCAUCUUGAAGCAAAUACAAUAUAAAAAAAUUCCCGUAUUUGCAAUAGGCAAGCAAAGUAAAAAGCAAGUCAGUUUCCUACUGAGUCGGAAACCUAGUGACACUAAACUGAAUGCCACCAUGCCAGUGCAUUUGAACAAUACUACAGGGUGUAUAAAAAAACUGCAAAUACCAUAAUUUGUAUGCACAAGAUCAUAAAUUGGAAUUUCAAUGCCUGUGAAACUAAUUACGCUUCUAGGAUUUGAAAAUAUGUUUCCAAUAAUAUCAAAAUAAGCACAAAAAGUGAAUUAAAAUUAGUGUGUCUAACAAGAGAUUUAAUAACGAUUUUAGGGUUGAGUUGAGUUAAGGUUGAGUUGCUCAUAUACGUUAAAAACAAGAAAUUCUCUUAGCUAUGUUCUUAACUGAGCCAUUCGUAUUAAAUCGAACUCAUAAGUUUAAUUCACUUUGUGUGAUUGUUUUUAUAACCCUAGAAAACAAUCACCACGUGUUCAAAUUCCUCUGAGGUCAAUAAGGUCGAAUAUAUUAUCAGAGCGCAUUGUUACUUCUCCUGCCGUUAUUAAAUUCAUUUCGAAAAUUUUUAUAAAUGAAUAAAAUAGGAUUCACUUAGCAGCUAAUACUGCGCAUUGAACAUAGUUACUGUAGCCGUGUAGUACAAAUUUGCGACUUUGGCUUGCUGUCAGAAAAUGGGGGUUCCAGUACUAUGAUUUCCCACUAGCUGACAGCAGCGACCUUCAUAUUUCACAAUCACAAAGAACAAG